AUGACCAAGGAGCAGGAGGCGGGGUCGUCCAGGCGCAGGCGGGCUCACGAGCGCGUGCUGCGGUACCCGGACGGCGUCGUGAGGCGGAUCCGGUACCCGCGGGUGGAGGGGGCGGAGGAGGAGAGGGGGGGGAUGGUGGCAGGGCACCUGGGGUACCAGAGGGAACUCAGCUGGGACGUGCCCGGCCUGUGGGGCUCGGUCCCCCUGCGGGACGCGGGAGAAUCGGCGAAGAGGAAGGGGCUGGAGGAGGCGAAGCGAUCGAAAUUACCCGAGUCUCCCGCAGAGUUGCUGAGGUAUCUGAGGUCUGAGGAGUACCGUGCAGCAGAGAGGGAGCUUCAGAAGCGGAUCCGGGACAGCUACGAGAUACUGGAAGGCUGCCCAUGGGUUGCUCCCCGCCCUCUCUACGUCCUGGCCUUCAGGCAGCCAAACAGGGAGGAGCCGAUGACCUAUACCCUGAGGACAAGAGUAUGGAGGGACGACACAGCAGCAGAGCUCGCACAGAUGUUCCGAGGCAGCUCUGCAGACGAGUUCUUGAGUGUUGGGGAGGUGCUGGACGGUGUUGUGGCCUUUCAAAACCAGGAUGAUGCACAGCGCUUCAGUGACAACCUUGAGGCAGAAGGGUAUACAGAGGUCAUGAUCGCUAUCGUGGACUCCCAUGAGCUCUUCCGGAACACACGGGAAGUCAAGGCUGUGGUGGUCGCCAUGAGAAACACAGGGCACCUGCCUUUUCCUUCUGAAUUGGCCGCUUCACUGAACAGCAAGCGGCCCCUUGACGAUGACUGGGGCAGUCGCUAG